GGGAGCUCGGUUCUGCCGCGCGGGCCCGGUGCUUGCUGCAGGCGACGCGAUGACCGCGCUGAGCCGGGGCGAGGCAGCCGAGACGGGCAGCAACCACCAGAUGCAUGGGAAGACGGCUUCUCUGAAGAGCCCUGAGCCCUGCCCAGAGAAGCCAGACCGGGUUCCAGAGUCCCCAGAUUCAAGCCCGCACUGGCCAGAGGGCUUGAAGGGCGAAGAGAUAAAGAAGUGCGGCCGGGAGGGGACACUCCUGAGUAAAUACAACCAGCAGUACCACAAGCUGUUCAAGGAUGUCCCCUCAGAGGAGAUGGUCCUCAAAGUGUGCUCCUGUGCCCUCCAGAGGGACCUGCUUCUCCAGGGCCGGCUCUACAUCUCCUCCAACUGGCUCUGCUUCCAUGCCAGCCUCUUUGGCAAGGAUAUCAAGGUGGCCAUUCCCGUGGUGUCCGUGCAGAUGGUCAAAAAGCACAAGAUGGCUCGUCUCCUCCCCAACGGCCUGGCCAUCACCACCAACACCAGCCAGAAGUACGUGUUUGUGUCGCUGCUCUCCCGGGACAGUGUCUUUGACAUGCUGAGGCGGAUCUGCACGCACCUCCAGCCUUCCAGCAAGAAGAGUCUGAGCGUCAGAGAAUUCCCCGAGGAGCCUGAGUGCGCAUCUCUGGAAGUUCUCAUCCCCGAGAUGAAGUGGAGGAGAGUGUGUCCGGCCACCAGGUCCCUGUCCCUCCCAGACCACAUCCCUAGUGUCCCGCCCACCCCCCUGGACUCUGCGGAAAGUUUCUUCCCCUCCAGGAAGCCCUCGGGGCCUGAUGCCACUGCCCGUGCAGAGGAGAAGCCAGAGGAGGAGAGCAAAAGCGACGGGGAGCUGAGGCUCUGGGAUUACCGGCUCCUCAAGGUCUUCUUCGUGCUGAUCUGCUUCUUGGUCGUGUCCUCCUCCUACCUGGCCUUCCGCAUCUCCCGGCUGGAACAGCAGCUCUGCGCCCUCAGCUGGGACGGCCCGGUCCCCGAGCACAGGUAACGGCGGGUCAACCUUCAUCCCUGCUCAGCUUAAGGGCCCAGGACUCCUGCAGGGCCUUGAGGACACCUCCGGAGGGGACAGUCUCAGGACCCCAGCCAGCCUCUGGGAAGAAUGCUCCUGGCAGGGCGGUUCCACCAGUGAUGCCCUGGUUUCUGCUGCCAUGCUGGGGCUGAGCGGAGGGAGAUCCCGGGCCCUGCCCCUGCCCCGCCACCAGCAGGUGACCCGUUUACAAAUCUCCCCCAACCUGGGGACACAGACAGGGAGCUGGCCUGGUGGAAGCCGCUGAGGAAUUUCUGUGUGCUGAGCCCAAGCAGCCAAUUGAAGGGAAAAAAGCAACCAAGAAGAACUUGUUUGUUGGAAACUGUUCCGGUGGGCAGCACCCUGGGGCCCAGGGCCCGCGCUUUGAAGCCUGGAACGCAGCUGCCCGUGGUCACUCAGCUCACUGCAGGGGCCGGACGGGGGCCAGAAACCCAACUCGCCUGCGUGGGCUCUGCACUCUCCACACUCUGCCCACUCUGGAGCCCCUGGGAUGCCUGGAUCUGGGGCCCCGCAGGGUCCUCUUGGGGGGGGGGGGCAGGUGGUGCAGUGCCCAGACAGGCUGGAGGUGAGCCGUAAGCCAGGGCAGGCGAGGAGGGCUUGUGACCAGGAUCCUGCAGACACGCCGGCCCAUGCUCUGUGCUGCCUGAGUAGGACACACCUGCAGGGCGGCCUUCUGUGUCCUCAGCUGCCAGCCCCUGCUGAGCCGGGUGGAGCGGGGCCUUUGAUCACUGGGCGCCCCUUUGCUCAGCCGCCCUGGAGGAGAGGAAGCGGGGCCUGGAGGGGGCGGCUUGUUUUGUGUCCUCAGACACAUGCCUGUGGGCGGGGGAGGGUUGGCUGGGCAGCGGGCCUGGUGCUGCAGGGUAAGCACAGCACGGACCACGGCCAUGCCACCUGCAGAGACCUGGCUGAGAGACUCAGAAACCUUCAGGGACAAGACGGAGAGGGCACAGGAAAUAGGGGACAGAGGUGGCUUCACUAUGGAGUGUUCUCUGUCAAGGCCUUCUGUAUUCUCCAAAGCCUCCUUAUGCCUCAGGGUUCUGGCCUGCUCACACACUCCUCUGCUAAGACAGUGCCUUGGAAGGUUCUGGAAAGGUCUUAUUAGGGAGGCCGGGUAUUUAGCAGGAAAAGACACUGGGGAGGGAGUGGGUGGUGCUGCAAAUAGUCACGUCUGUUUCUCCCCCCCCCCCCAACCCCGCCCCAGCCCCCACUCCUCCUCAGAUCAGGUAGCAUUCCAGAGCCUUCCUUGUGAAAAUGACUCAUCAGGCAGCGCCCCCAGGCUUAGGGGUCUGACAGUAGGUGGCGCUGUUGGAGCCCAGCCGGUGCUUCUCCGCGUCUCUCCGAGGAUGCUGCAGGGUAGCUUUGAGCCCGGCCUGUGGGUCUCCCACCCCCAUCCUGCCUGUCUCUGGCCAGAGCAGUCUCUCACUGCCACUCUGCAUGCACACCCAGCCUCCUUGCAGGAAGUUCCCUUCCUCACCUCUCCCCACCCAGUUUCAGGGAAAUCAUCUGACUUGCCCCAUCACGUCCCCUCCCUGGUCUUUGCUGACGUCUGGAGAGUCCAGCUCCGUGCUCGGAGCCUUGAGGCUGAGCCCAGGUCAAGGGUGGCCCUGCCAGAGUGCUGGCGAGCCUUGUCUCCAGUGGUGCCCUGGGCUGGAGGGGCAGGAGGUACUUCUGGGGCCAGAGUCUAGGGUAGCAGGGGUGUGCCUGUCCCUCACAGGGUCCUUUUUCUCUUCCCACUUUUUGUCCCCUUUGGUCCUCCAGGGCCGCCGUACAUUCCGUUGCACUCACAUAUAAACUUCGAGUAUUUAUACAGGCCAACUUGGGUGGGCGGAUACACCUCUGACCCCCGAGAGUUUGCCUCAACUGGUUGUUCCAUGAUGGUAUUAUUCUUUGAAAUUAUUUUUAAAUAAAAAACCUGAUUUUUCUAGCA